AUGUCGAAUUCUACAUUAAUUCCAGCCUUUUUGGUGCCAUUGCUUCAAAUUAUAGCUCCUCAGCCAUGCUUUAACACUCUGUUUAUAAGUUUAGACCUAUUGCACGUUGCUUGUCUUAAAGUUGUCAUAAGUAAAUGUUUAGGAUUUGCUAUAAUAGCUGGAUCAUGUAUUGUGAAACUACCUCAAGUUAUCAAGAUUUUAAGAGCUAAAAGUGGAGAGGGUAUUAGUUUGCCGGCUGUUACAUUAGAAUUAAUUGCUAUAACUGCUAGUUUAUCAUAUGGUUUUGCUCAUGGAUUUCCAUUCAGUUCCUAUGGUGAAGCUGGUUUUUUAGUAUUUCAGACAGCAAUAAUAGCAUUCUUGGUGUUAUUAUUUAGUGGUAAAACUGUUAGUGGUUUAGGUUAUAUAGCAGUAUAUGUUGGUAUAUUGGCUUAUCUAUUGUCUCCUUCUGUGAAUAUGUCAUUAUUAGCUGGUUUACAAGCUAGUGGUGCUGGAAUUGUAGCUAUUAGUAAGAUGAUCCAAGCACAUGCUAAUUUUAAAAAUGGUAGUACUGGUCAACUAUCAGCAGUAACAGUAUUCCUUUUAUUCUUUGGUUCAGUAGCAAGAAUUUUUACCUCCAUUCAGGAAACUGGUGAUAAAUUAGUCAUCUUUCAAUAUGUUGUUUCUACAGCUUUUAAUGGUUUAAUUGUAGCUCAAAUGAUUUACUAUUGGAACAGCUCUAGCUCGAAAUCCAAAAAGACCAAAUCCAGGAAAGCACAAUAA